CGCCAAAACAUGAUUCAGUUCGUGAUAUGUUUUUUCGUUUUUCAGAGUUUUGUGUUAGCUUCAGUACCAAAAUGUCCCAAAGUUGAUGGCAAAUAUCCAGUCUACUUUUCGCUACCAGACUGCACCAAAUUCUGUCAGUGUUCUAAUGGAACACUGUAUUUUCAUGACUGUCCAGAUGGAUUGCAUUUCAAUUCUGUUUUGAAUAUAUGCGACUGGCCACACAGAGCCGGAUGCGAUCCUGCACGUUACGACAAGGAUGGUGAUGAUAAUGAUGGUGGUAACGACAAUGAUUGUGAUGAUCAAAAAUGUGAGAUUACUACCGAAAAUGCUGAAGUCAAUAUUUGCCAACAAAAUGGAAUAGAAUGCCCCAUGGUUGAUGCAAAAUAUCCAGUUUACUCUGCGUUACCAGACUGCACCAAAUUCUGUCAGUGUUCUAACGGAAAACCGUAUCUUCAUGACUGUCCAGACGGUUUGCAUUUCAAUUCCAUUUUGAACGUAUGUGACUGGCCUCACAGAGCCGGAUGCAAUGCUGCACGUAACGACANUCCAAGUUACAGUGAUAACGACCAUGAUUAUGAUGAUCAAAAAAAGGAGAUUACUACCGAAAAAGCUGACGUCAAUAUUUGUCAACAAAACGAAAUAAAAUGCCCCAAGGUUGAUGGAAAAUAUCCAGUUUAUUCUGCGUUACCAGACUGCACCAAAUUCUGUCAGUGUUCUAAUGGAAAACCGUAUCUUCAGAACUGUCCAGACGGUUUGCAUUUCAAUUCCAUUCUGAACGUAUGCGAUUGGCCUCACAGAGCCGGAUGCAAUGCUGUACGUGACGACACAGAUGCCGACAAGGAUUGUGGCAAAGACGAUAAUGGUAAUGGUGGAAACGACAAUGAUUGUGAUGGUGGAAAUAAGGAGACUGCUACCGAAAAAGCUGAAGUCAAUAUUUGUCUACAAAACGGAAUAGAAUGCCCUAAGGUUGAUGGCAAAUAUCCAGUCUAUUCUGCGCUACCAGACUGCACCAAAUUUUGCCAGUGUUCUAACGGAAAACCGUAUCUUCAUGGCUGUCCAGAUGGUUUACACUUUAAUCCUGAAUUGAAUGUUUGCGAUCAGCCAAUGAAUGUUAACUGUUCUUCUAUCAGUGUCUAGUAUGUAUGAAUAUAUCUUUCAUCCGUGUAUUAAAUGAACCGAAUAAAAACAUAUUUAAUUUCUUUUUCA